AAUAGGCAUUUGGUGAUUUCAUGUUUCUCCAUAAUAACUUUUCUCUACCAAGUCAUUGUGGGUUGCAAAAGUUAAAGGUCCACUCUAAAAGAGUAAUGUUUGCAAUCUGCUCAGGAAAUAUCCAGAACCAAAGGAAAGUUGUUCCUGUAAGUAAAGACAAGAAAGUAGUUGGGGUUGGUAUGGCUGGCUUAGACUUUAUUGCCAAAGUGGCAACAUUUCCAGAACCUGAUCAGAAAUUGAGAACACUAGACUCUAGUAUUCAAGGAGGCGGAAAUGCUGCAAAUACUUUGACAUGCUUGCGUAGAUUGGGUAUCGAGGUCAUUCUAGUAACCAAGAUUGGAGAUGAUAUCUCUGGUCAAUCAAUUCUGGAAGAGUUUGAGCGUGAAGGUAUGGAUACAAGUUUCAUUAUAAGACAAGAAGAAACACAAUCAGCUUUCACAUAUGUGAUUGUUGAUGUGAGUACUUCGACCAGGACCUGUAUCCAUACGCCCUCAAAGGCAGAGUUAACAAGCGAAGAAGUGAAUGUAAGUUGUUUAAAUGGCGCAAGUUUAUUACACUUGGAUGGUAGACAUCCUUCUGCAGCAUUGAAGAUCGCUCAACACGCGAGGGAUAAAGGCAUACCGAUUGUUCUUGAUGUGGAGCGUCGUAGGGAAGGCUUAGAAAAUCUGUUGUGCUUGGCGGAUUAUAUUAUUACCAAUGCAGAAUUUCCUUCGGAGUAUUUUGGUCAACUAAAUAGAUUGAAUGGCUUGGAAAAGCUACUUGAUGCUUAUCCUGCCCGAUGGGUUAUAUCUACUUUAGGAAAAGAAGGUUGUGUAAUGAUGAGCCGUUUGGACUCGGAUAGGGAAGAGAAAACAGCAAACUUAUCACAUUUUCCUAUAAUGGCUGUCAAAACAACGUUUCCUUUGCCUACUCCUUGCAGAGAAUGUUUACCAAAGUAUCGACUAAUAGAUUGUCCUUGUUGGCCUGUUGAACGUGUAGUCGACACAACAGGAGCCGGAGAUGCCUUUAUUGGAGGUAUUAUUUACGCAAUAUUGCAUCAUUUUGAUCAAGAACAUAUGUUAUACUUUGCCUCUCGAGUAGCAGCUGAGAAACUUUCUGCUCUAGGAGCUCGAAAGGGACUUGUGUAUAUUGAUCAUUUGGAAUCUUGGAUCGCCACUAAUGUCAAAGAGAGGAAUACUUAAACAAUUUAUUCUUCUUUUCGUAUGUUCUACAAAAAUGGAAAACUCCCACUGAACAUUACUCU